AUGGAGGAAGGUUCCAGUUCCCAAGAGGUGGUCGGUGAUGAAACUAGUUCCCUGGAUGUAGUUGUUUCUGCCAAUGAAGAGUUGGUUAAACUAAGGAAAGAAGCAGCAGCUCUGGAAGCUCUGAAAAGUUCGUCUAAUUGUGAUGAUGAUGAUACUGGCCGAGUGAAGCUUACUGAAUUGUAUGACAAGCUACAAGAGUUGGGCUCAGAUGAUGCUGAAGCUCAGGCUUCCAAAAUUCUUGCGGGUUUAGGUUUCACAGAAGAUGAACCAAUCAACUAUCUCGACCUGAGAGCUGUUUUGUGGUUAGAGGAGCGUUUGUGUCGCUGGAAGAACACCUUAAUUGUUGUUUCACAUGAUGUUGAUUUCCUCAUCAACACUGUCAAAGCAGCAAAGAGGUCUGGGAACCGUGCGCAGCAAGACAAGGUAAAGGAAAGGGCCAAGUUUGCUGCAGGGAAAGAAGCAUCAUCCAAGCUUAAGGAAAAGGAUGAGGUGCUAUUUUGA